GAGAUGGGGAGCGGCGUGACAUGUAAUUAGCGAGAGCCGGAGGUGCCAGCCCGGGGGGCUGCGGAGCUAUUAGGAGGUGGCUGACACCUCGCCGUGUUUAUUGAUCGCUGGAGGAAAGGGGAAUAACUUCAGGGGCCGCUCUAAUGAUCGUUAUUCCGCUCCUUUAAAAAAAAAAAAAAAAAAAAAAAAAGACCGCUGGCUGCCUGCGGGAGAGCGCGGUUCCUGCGGGGGAAAAGUUUGAAGACUCUUAUGUCCAAAGGAAUCUUACAGGUACAUCCUCCAAUCUGUGAUUGCCCUGGGUGUCGAAUUUCGUCUCCAGUGAACCGGGGUCGCCUGGCAGAGAAGAGGACAAUCCCCCUCCCCCCAACCAGGAUCCCCAAGAAAGAGCUGACCUCCAUUUUCUCGCAUAGUGACGACAGCGAAGAGAGUGACAAGGGCAAUGGUCAACACCCCGAAGUAAAGCAGGAGGAGGAUCUCCAUAUCAAUAUCAUGAAAAGAAGGAUACACACCCACUGGGAUUUAAACAUCUCCUUCCGAGAGACCUCUUGCAGCCGUGAUAACGACCUCUCCACUAUCAUCUCCAACCUGCAUCAGAGCCGCCAGCUCGUUAUGCCAGAGACCCAGAGCCGCUGCGAAUUCAAGAGGAACAGCGUGGAUGUUGGCCUGGGAGCUGCAGAUGACAUUUUAGGCAAGAGAAGAGUAUGCUCUCCCAACAGCAGCAGUGAGUGCCCGUUAGAGAGCAAGAAAGCCCGAAGUGAGUCCCCAAAGGAAAACUCCCACACGCCUCUGCUGGAGGACUCGGUGACUCAGAUGACCCCAGAGGAGCACUACAGGCGCAUGAUGUCGGCGCUGAACGAGCACGGCACGUUCGAGGAGCAGCAGCAGCAGCGGCUCUACCAGUUGGCCAACAGCAUGGCCGUGCCCAGCCACGGAGAUCUCCUCCGGGCUCGGCAGGAGGUGGCGGCGGCGGCGGCCGCGCGCAACCCGGGCGCGAUGGAAGCGCACAUCCCCUCGGCCGCCAACUCGUCCUCGCAGCGCAGGAAGCAGGGCCUCCCCCAGCACCGCGACAGCCACUUCCCCGACAGGGAGAUAUCCCACCCGCCGCCUCUGCUCUCACCCCAGAACGCGCCCCAUAUCGCCCUGGGGCCCCACUUGCGACCUCCUUUCCUUGGGGUGCCUUCGGCCCUGUGCCAGACACCAGGUUACGGGUUCCUGCAGCCGGCACAAGCAGAGAUGUUUGCACGGCAGCAAGAGAUGCUACGAAAGCAAAACCUGGCAAGGUUGGAGAUGUCGGCGGAGAUCAUCCGCCAGAAGGAGCUGGAGAACCUUCACCGGCAGCGACUGCUGGCUGGGGACCCGCUGAGCCUGCACCCCGGCUUGCCCCCGGACCACCCCGCCCUGCGCAACGUGCACGACAUCCCCGAGGGCCACCCGCUGCGGGACGAGCUGUCCCGGCGCAACGCCAUGCUGGUGCUGCGGCACAACAACGCGCCCCUGCUGUCCCUCAACCCCAGCGUCCCCAGCAGCUCCACGCCGCCCAAGGAGCAGCCGCGGCGCGGCAGCAGGAAGGCGGCCCAUCACCGCGCCGAGCCGCAGGGACCCAGCGAGGCCAAGGAGCCGGCGGAGCCGAGGGCGCGGGACGGGGCACCGGACUGUAACGACGAGGAGAUGAAGGACUCGGAGAGCGACGCCGACGUCAGCGAUGAGAAAGCGGAGAGCUUGAAGGCAGAGAGCGGCGGCUCAGCCGCGGAGCUGAAGGAGUGCAAGGAGACGGGCAAGGGAUGCGAGGGGGGCAAGGAGCUGGGCGAAGGGACGGGCAGCCAGAACGCGCCCUGCAGCUCCUCCAGUGCCGAGUCCCCCAGCCACCUGCUUGGUUCCGGCAUCAACAAGAGCGAGGUGAAGUACCUGCCGCCCGCCUCCAUCCCGCCGCCUCAGCCGCUGCCCUUCGGCUUCCCCUACACCAUGAGCCCCUACUUCCAUGCAGGCACCAUGGGAGGUCUCUUUCUGGAUGGCGACGAGAGCCCGGCGCUGGAGGACAUCAGCAAAUGGACGGUGGAGGACGUGUGCAGCUUCGUGUCCAACCUGGCGGGCUGCACCGAGUACACUCAGGUAUUCCGUGAGCAGGCCAUCGACGGCGAGACCCUGCCCCUGCUGACGGAGGAGCACCUGCUGAACAACAUGGGGCUGAAGCUGGGGCCGGCGCUGAAGAUCCGCUCACAGGUCGCCAAGCGAGUGGGCAGGGUGCUCUACAUGGCCGGCUUCCCCAUGGCCUUCCCCCUGCAGCCCCCAGGGCUGCGGCCACCGGAGAGGGACCUGCCCCCAGCCGAGCUGCGGCCCUCAUCCACGGGCAGCGUGGCCUCCCCGUUCGGCAGCGCUCUGCCCUCCGCCAGCCGCAUCUCCCCGAAGCAGGAGAACGGGAACCCCUCCAUCGGGGCCGGGCUCAGCGACACCACCAAGCCUCCAUCCUAACAGCUCCCAGCCAGCCCUGGAACUGAGGCUGGGUCGAGCCAACAGAAGGGGAUGGAGAGCGGGCGAGCCUCCCUCGGCAGCGUGAGACGGAGGAGCGAGGAAGAGCAGGGGGGGGGAGGGUUUGAUUUAUAAUGAUUAUUUUUUUUUUUGGGAGGCGUUUUGCUUUUUUUUUUUUGCUUAAAAGGAGGAAAAAAAAAAAAACAACCGGUAAAACCACAAAGAGUUUUAACAGAAGAAAGCGUAAAAAAAAAGGGAAGGGACGAACUAUCCAAAGAUGGAUGGAGACAACGUCAAGUGAAGAAGAGAAGGAAGGAAGGGGGUGCUGGAGGAUGAGGGCAGCAGGCCCAGUCUCUUGGCCUUCAAGGAGCUCCAGGCAGCGCCUGCUGGAGGGGGGGGGCCUGGCACUGCUCCUCCACCAGGACUCAGCAUGGCUGAGCAGGACACCCAGCACGAGCAGAACCAGCUCCCUUCCCACAGAUCCCCCCCCCCUCCCUGGAAACUGCGCUCAGUUCCUCAUUCAGGUGUCUAUGCAUCUCUCUAGCGAAAACUUUUGCAAAUACCAAAGACAAAAAAGUGACAAAAAAACAGACAAAAAAAAAAA